AUGUCUGACGCCGGCCGCAAGGAUUUCACCACCAAGGCUAAGGAGGAGAUUACUCCUGACGCCAGCAAGUCCACCCAGGACAAGGUCAAGGAGACCUUCACCGACACCACCGACCGUGUCGCUCGUGGUUUCCAGUCCGACGACAGCAAGAGUGCCCCCCAGCAGGCCUUCGACAAGACCCAGCGCACCCAUGACAAUGAGGCUCACGGUGGUGCCACCAGCUCCAUUGGCGACAAGGUCAAGGGUGCCCUCGGCUUGAACAACUAA